UUAUGUGUGGAGGAGUUCCUUUUGCUGAAGAUGCAGAAGACCCUUAUAAAAUAUAGGUGAAAAUUACAAAGAACAAAUUUCAUAUCCAUAUCAUUUUAAAAUAGAAAGGCUAAAAAUUUUAUCGAUUUGUUAUAAAAUAGGACCCCGUAAAUUCCUAUAGGAUGUAGUUAUGUAGCUUUUGAAGGCUAACAUUUGGU